AUGAAGCAAUUUAUGCUUCCUGGAGAGCCAACAUUCUCUUACUGCACUCCUACCAAGCCGGACACUUGCGUAAAUGCCCUUCACGACCUCGAGGAAUUUCUGGAAAUCGAAGGACCCUACGAUGGUGUUAUCGGAUUCAGCUUAGGGGCAAACUUUGCAUUGUCGUGGAUGAUCAACAAGAUUCAAAAGAAUGCAAAUCGUGGGCAGCUGCCUUUCAAAGUUGGGAUAUUCUUCUCCACGGCCGAUCGCCUCUUGGAGUGCAAGGAAACACCCGAAAAAUCCGUGGCACCUUGGAACCCCGUUGAAAUUGAUGGUAUUAUCGAUAUACCAACCGCGCAUAUCUGGGGAACCGCCGAUUCGCACCGAGCAAACAGCCAAUUAGCAAGCCUGGCCUGUGAUGAGGAUAACAGAUCCAUAUUCGUUCACGAUAGAGGGCACGAGGUCCCAAUUUCAGCUGAAAAUGUGAUUGCCGCGGCGAAGACUAUCAACAGAGCAAUUGCAAGGGCCCAAGGCUUCAACUGA